UUCCAAUUUGGUAGCCUUGGGCUUGCUUUUCAAGGGAAAAGCUGGAUCGGAGAUUGUGCGGGGACUGACCGAAGGCACCGUCGAGGCUUCCCGCCAAACGAAACUAGACAAGCUUUAUUAAUUAAACUUGGACUUUUUAAAAUGGGCAAUAAGAAACGUUCAGGGAUGAAGUUGAAGCGAUUGGAACGAAGCUCGGAGCGUGGUCAGUACACCGAUUUACGAUACCUUAUCAUCGAGAAGCAACGGGCCAAACGAAGCACCGCUGCUGGCAUUACAGAUGCCCGGGACAUUAUUAACAAAAAAAUAGCUGCGAAGCAUCACCAAACAAGGACUUCAUGGAGACGCGUUAAAGCAAACAAAGAAGAAGAUUUUGCUAUGGACGGUGAUAUAGAGAUGCGCGAAGUAGGAUGCAAGUCGCCUCAAGAUACUGCCAAGCGACUUGCCUACGAGGUCAGCGUCAACAAUCUGCACUUCGAUGUGACCACCAAGGACAUUUUUCAACUGUUCAGUGAGUUCGGGUCGCUGCUGGAGGCGCGCGUUAUGUGCCCGGGCAGCGCUGUGGUUGUCUUCGAGGAGUACAGUAGUGCCUCUGCUGCUUGCGAGGAGCUCCAAAACCGCGACUUUGAUAAUCAGCCGAUGAAACUGAAAAUGGAGCUGGUGGACUUGUCCCACCGACUGUACCUUUGGAACUAAUGAUAAUGUGUUUGUUUGAUGAUUAAGCAAAUAGAUAAGUUCUUUUUGUAUCUGGA